AUGGCCACUCCGCUAACUGACCAGGAGAAACGCAAGCAGAUCAGCAUCAGGGGCAUCGUGGGGGUGGAGAACGUGGCCGAGCUGAAGAAAGGUUUCAACCGACACCUGCACUUCACCCUCGUUAAAGACCGCAAUGUGGCCACGCCGCGCGAUUACUACUUCGCGCUCGCGCACACGGUGCGGGACCACCUGGUGGGGCGCUGGAUCCGCACGCAGCAGUUCUACUACGAGACGGACCCCAAGCGUGUGUACUACCUCUCUCUGGAGUUCUAUAUGGGGAGAGCUCUUCAGAACACCAUGGUCAAUUUAGGAUUGCAGAACGCCUGUGAUGAGGCCAUCUACCAGUUGGGUUUGGAUAUGGAGGAUUUGGAGGAUAUGGAAGAGGACGCCGGAUUAGGGAAUGGUGGACUGGGCCGGCUGGCAGCAUGUUUCUUGGACUCGAUGGCAACACUGGGCCUUGCCGCAUAUGGUUAUGGGAUCCGGUAUGAAUAUGGAAUCUUUAACCAGAGAAUCAAAGAUGGCUGGCAGGUAGAGGAGGCUGAUGAUUGGCUGAGACAUGGGAACCCAUGGGAGAAAGCCCGCCCUGAAUACAUGCUGCCAGUGCAUUUCUACGGACGAGUGGAGGAGACUGAGGAGGGGUCGAAAUGGGUUGACACACAGGUGGUCCUAGCCAUGCCCUAUGACACACCUAUCCCUGGCUACAUGAACAACACUGUGAACACCAUGAGACUGUGGUCCGCACGGGCUCCAAAUGACUUCAACCUUCGAGACUUCAACGUUGGUGAUUAUAUCCAGGCAGUUUUGGACAGGAACUUGGCUGAGAACAUUUCCCGAGUGCUCUACCCCAAUGACAAUUUUUUUGAAGGUAAGGAGCUGCGACUGAAGCAGGAGUACUUUGUAGUGGCAGCAACACUGCAGGACGUGAUUCGACGCUUCAAGACCUCAAAGAGGAAUUGCUCUGGCCCUCUUUCUUUUGACAGCUUCCCUGAUAAGGUGGCCAUCCAGCUGAAUGACACACACCCUGCUAUGGCCAUCCCUGAGCUCAUGAGGAUCUUUGUGGACAUUGAGAAACUGGACUGGGACACAGCCUGGGAUAUCACUAAGCGCACAUUUGCGUAUACCAAUCACACUGUUCUUCCUGAAGCUCUGGAGCGCUGGCCUGUCCGUCUGCUGGAGACACUGCUACCACGUCACCUACAGAUCAUUUACCAGAUCAACCAGAUACACUUAGAUCGCAUAGUGUCGUUGUUCCCGGGGGAUUUGGAUCGUAUGCGCAAGAUGUCUCUGGUAGAGGAGUAUGGAGAGAAGAAAGUGAACAUGGCUCACCUCUGCAUCGUAGGAUCCCACGCUGUUAAUGGAGUCGCAGAGAUCCACUCCAGCAUCAUCAAAACUGAUGUAUUCCGAGACUUCAGUGAGUUGGAACCAGAAAAGUUCCAGAACAAAACAAAUGGAAUCACACCUCGGCGCUGGCUCCUGCUCUGUAACCCCGGCCUGGCUGACUUAAUUGCAGAGGCAAUUGGAGAGGAAUAUGUUAAAGACCUGAUGCAGUUACAGAAGCUGAAUGAGCUGGUGGAUGAUGACACAUUUAUCAGAGACAUUUCUAAAGUCAAACAGGACAAUAAGCUGAAGUUUGCGCAGUCUUUAGAGAGAGAGUACCAGGUGAAGAUCAACCCUGCCUCUAUGUUUGAUGUUCACGUGAAGAGAAUCCAUGAGUACAAACGACAGCUCCUCAACUGCCUUCACGUCAUCACUAUGUACAACCGCAUCAGGGCCAAACCAACUGCACCGUUUGUACCACGCACUGUCAUUAUCGGUGGCAAGGCUGCUCCUGGCUAUCACAUGGCUAAGAUGAUUAUCAAACUUAUCACCUCUGUUGCUGAUGUCAUCAAUAAUGACCCCAUUGUUGGCAACAAGCUGAAAGUCAUUUACCUGGAGAACUACAGAGUCUCUCUGGCAGAGAAAGUGAUUCCUGCUACAGACCUGUCUGAGCAGAUCUCCACAGCAGGCACAGAGGCGUCCGGUACUGGUAACAUGAAGUUCAUGCUGAAUGGAGCUCUAACCAUCGGCACCCUGGACGGUGCAAAUGUGGAGAUGGCAGAGGAGGCAGGCCAGGAAAACCUCUUCAUCUUCGGCAUGACUGUGGAGGAAGUGGCAGCCAUGGACCAAGAGGGCUAUGAUGCGAUGCAGUACUACAAGAGCAUCCCUGAGCUGAAGCAGGUCAUUGACCAAAUUAAAUCUGGCUUCUUCUCACCGAAACAACCAGAACUGUUCUACGACAUCACCAACAUGCUGUUCAACCAUGACCGCUUCAAGGUCUUUGCUGACUAUGAGUCCUAUGUCAAAUGUCAGGAGAAAGUCAGCGCUCUGUAUGAGGAUCCGAAGAAGUGGACUCAAAUGGUGAUUAAGAACAUCGCUGCUGCUGGAAAAUUCUCCAGCGAUCGCACAAUCGCAGAAUAUGCCACUCAAAUCUGGGGGGUGGAGCCAACUGACCUGAAGAUCCCGCCUCCCAGCGAGCCGAGGGAGGCUAUAGAAGAAACCGCACGAGCGCUCCGCAAGAUCUGAAUGUGCAUGUGAUGUUACCACAAUAUUACUCUAAUGUUUACAUAGUGCUUCCAGCGCAUUCACACACUAUUACUAAAUACCAGCUCACAGAUGAUCAGUUUUGCAUUUUUACAUUGUAUGAAAACUCUGACUUAGUUACAGGCAUGUUGUUCAACCUUUAUCAGGGGAAAUAGGAUUUUAAGACAUUUUAAACAGUCUUUAUAUUUUUGCUGAAGAGGUAUUUUUCCAGGUAAAUUAGCGUUGUUUCUGGGCACAACACAAUGACACUGCCUGUAGUAGACAUUCAUUCUUAAUUUUCUGGUUCCUCUGGUCCACUGUGGGAUUCUGCAGUAAACACAACAUAUUAGAAUAAGUUUCUGAUUGUGUGAUGAGUUUUCUUGUAGGAUAUACCUUAGCAACACUUUCAGGUUAGUUAUACUGACCUCAGACCAGCAGUCUUUAUCUCUCAGCCCUUUAUUAUUUUUCAGAGCAUUCUCCAGUCUGUAGACUGGUGAGUUCGCAUUUGUGUGGCUUUGGGUUAAGUGUUAGCUAUGGGCAGAUAAAAAUGUCGAUACUUCCAAUCCAGACGUUUCUAUUUGAGGAUCGAUCUUUAUGAGACAGUAUUCAUACUAGAUGUUUUCUUCAAGCAUUAAACUGAAUAUACGUUAGUAUUAUUAAACUGAUAGUGAAAAAAAUCAUAGCAAAUAAACUACUUUUCCUCCUGUUCUUUCACUCUCAGGCACAGAUAGACACAGUAAAUGCUCUUUGUCGGAUCAUUUGGAGUAGAAUGGCAGAUCAUUUGGAGUAAUUUCCCUAAACAGACAGUUUAUGUGGCAGUUUAUUUAAUACUAAUGCAAAGACCAAAUAUAAUUUUACUGAUUUUCACUGUAUAAACCUCAAAGAUUUCCCCCUCUUUAAAUGUAUCACUAUCAGUAUUAGUAUUACCUGUUAUUGAAAAGAUAAUUAGUGGUAUUUCCCAUCCCUAUUAAGUGUCUGUCCCACUCCUCAGCUUAAUAUGUGCCUGUAAGAGAAUGCUGUUAAAUCCCAUAACUUUAAAUCCCUGACUCAUAUACAGACACUGCACUGCUUCAGGUACUGAAGGGUGAACUCACAAUGUAAAAAUCACUGGAAAACCUGUAAUACUCUGCUGUUGUAAACAUACUAAAGAUGCAUCAAAUACUAUAACACUGUUCAGUUGUAAGACACACUGGAACACUUGGUCGGUUUACAGAGUGGACUGAUCUGUGGUCACAGUUUGAAGAGUGAAAUCUUGCUGUAAUAAAGCCAUGUAACAUGA